UUCAAUCGCAGUCCGCUUCCCUUCCUGCGCUUUCGACCGGGGAGGUCUGCUGGCUGCAGAAGAACACCCCCCCUCCCUCCCUCCCGAAUCCCGGGCCCUACCGUCGGCGUCUGGUAAAACCGGGCUCCCGUGGCGCCGCUUUUCCCGCACGACCGGUCGCACAUGACGCGGGCUCUGCCGAUGGUGGUGCACGGCGCCGAGGGCUCCCCGUCGGUGCGACAUCUACGCGCAGAGGUAGCAUCGCGGGCUAACGUUAGCUAACAACAUCGAUCUCUCCGCCACUCCACCGCCCCCCUCUCCCUCUCUCCCUCCGGGCGACCCCCGCUACCGAUCCGUCACAUCAACAGUUGAUUGAUAGCUAACACUGGACCCCCGAACGAACGCUCGCCCCCUUCUUCCGCUCGUCCAUCGGCCGGAGCAGGAAGCCCCUCCGCUCCCUCGCGCACAGUUCGCAUUCGGGGCCCGUGCGGAGGAGCUCCGGACUUUUAACCCGUGCUAUUUCAAUCAGCCCCUUUUUCCUCCUUCUCUGUGGCCUUGUUGUGGGGUCCGUAUCUAGUCUACCUCAGCCCCCCAGUACCUCCCCCGUCCCCCCGGUGUCUACAUCCACCCCGUCGCUGGAGCCCGGCGCCGGCUCUGCUGCUACUGACAAUCCGACCCAGAGGCGCUGCUCGGCGGACACCUCCUGCGGCCGAACCCGGCUGGAUCUCUGGUUCUCUUCUUUUCUGCAGAGGGAGGGGGGCAGCUGUCUUGGUUCGUCCCACCUCACACCCACUUAAAUAGCACACAGCACAAAUCCCGUAGCCGCCCUUCACCUCCACCACCACCCCUUCCAGGUGUGCCCGUCCUCCCCGGCACUCACAGCCCCCUGCCCGCCCCGCUGCUGCCCGAGGCUCGGGUCUCGCCAUGCCGGGUCCGGUGGCCGGUAGCAAGUCCCGUGUGUACGCAGAUGUCAACACGCUGAAGAGCCGGGAGUACUGGGACUACGAGGCCCACGUCCCCAACUGGAACAACCAAGAGGAUUAUCAGCUGGUUCGGAAGCUGGGCAGAGGGAAGUACAGCGAAGUGUUCGAGGCCAUAAACAUCACCAACAAUGAGAAGGUGGUGGUCAAGAUCCUGAAGCCGGUCAAGAAGAAGAAGAUCAAACGAGAGAUCAAGAUCCUAGAGAACCUGCGAGGAGGGACCAACAUCAUCCGCCUGGUGGACACCGUCAAAGACCCAGUGUCCAGAACUCCAGCGCUCGUCUUUGAAUGCAUCAAUAACACAGACUUUAAGGAGCUGUACCAGAAGUUGACAGAUUAUGAUAUCCGUUUCUACAUGUAUGAACUACUGAAGGCUCUGGACUACUGUCACAGCAUGGGAAUCAUGCACCGUGACGUCAAACCCCACAAUGUGAUGAUCGACCACCAGUUGAGAAAGCUACGCCUUAUAGACUGGGGUUUGGCGGAGUUCUAUCACCCAUCCCAAGAAUAUAACGUCAGGGUGGCCUCCAGAUAUUUCAAAGGCCCUGAACUGUUGGUGGACUACCAGAUGUAUGACUACAGUCUAGACAUGUGGAGCCUGGGCUGUAUGUUGGCCAGUAUGAUCUUUCAGAAAGAGCCCUUCUUCCACGGACAAGACAACUAUGACCAGCUGGUGCGAAUCGCCAAGGUCCUGGGGACAGACGAGCUGUUCGGCUACCUGCGGAAAUACCACAUCGAACUGGACCCGCGCUUCAAAGACCUCCUGGGACAACAGAGCAGGAAGCGCUGGGAACAGUUUGUGCAGACGGAGAACCAGCACUUGGUAAGUCCUGAAGCCUUGGACCUGCUGGACAAGCUGCUACGUUACGACCACCAACAGAGACUGACGGCCACGGAGGCCAUGGAGCACCCCUACUUCUACCCAGUAGUAAAGGAGCAGUCUCUGUCCAACUCUGACAACAACAUGGUUUCCAGUGGCAACACUACAGCACGAUGAAACACAGAAGUGGACGAGAAGUUUGUUUGUUACCUCAACUUUGUACCCGGUUGUGACAGUAACUUUGACAAGUGUACAGUGACAAUGGAACAAAGUAACUCUGACCAGUUACACACUCACAGAUAUGUGCAAACGGACACACACACACACACACACACACACACACACACACACACGUAUACAUACACCCUCCUCCUCUGUAUCAGUCUGUGAUUGGCCUGUCCUGGUUCCCUGUCCAGCAGCCUGACCAAUGAGCUUGAAGCUGCUCCCCCCCCCCCCGACCCCAGACUCGUCUUUUUCCUCCAGCUCAGUCUCAUGUAGGUCAACAAGGACAAACGACAAUUCAGCCC